AUGCCGAUCUAUUUGGCUAAGUACAUAAAGCCAGACUUCAAACCUCAAAUUGAAUUUUUUGAAGGGGCAAAUGUAGGAGAUGAUGAUCUUGUGGUGUUGCUUUACCACUUAGAACAUGCCUGCAAAAGAAUCGCUUCUCUUGUCGCCUCUCCUUUCAACUUUUCACUCGGAAAGCUCUCUGUUAAAUCCUCCUCUAGUGGGUCAGACCGAGAUGCGCCUAAGCCGCUCGAUAUUGUCUCGAACGAUAUAGUCUUGUCCUCUCUUAGAAACUCUGGGAAAGUAGCAGUAAUGGCUUCCGAAGAAGACGAUAGUCCAACUUGGAUCAAAGAUGAUGGUCCUUACGUUGUGGUUGUAGAUCCUCUAGAUGGAUCACGUAACAUUGAUGCUUCUAUACCCACUGGAACUAUAUUCGGAGUUUACAAUCGCCUCCUUGAGCUUGAUCAUUUACCUGUUGAAGAGAAAGCUGAGCUCAAUUCUUUGCAGAGAGGAAACAGGCUUGUUGCUUCCGGUUACGUACUCUACUCUUCAGCCACUAUAUUCUGCGUUACACUUGGCUCGGGAACACACGCCUUCACGCUAGAUCACUCAACAGGGGAAUUUGUCCUAACCCAUCAAAACAUCAAGAUCCCUACUCGAGGACAAAUCUACUCAGUGAACGAUGCGAGGUACUUCGAUUGGCCAGAAGGUUUAAGGAAGUACAUUGACACAGUGAGACAAGGCAAAGGUCAAAACCCAAAAAAAUACUCGGCACGUUACAUCUGUUCUCUAGUGGCUGAUCUUCACAGGACUCUCUUAUACGGUGGAGUUGCUAUGAAUCCAAGAGACCAUCUUCGUUUAGUCUAUGAAGGAAACCCUUUGGCUUUUCUGGUAGAACAAGCUGGUGGCAAAUCCUCUGAUGGAAAAAGAGGGAUACUUUCAAUACAGCCAGUGAAGCUUCACCAGAGGUUGCCUCUGUUUCUUGGGAGCGUAGAGGAUGUUGCUGAGCUUGAAAGCUAUGGAAAUGUGCAGCAGACUGUGAAUCCUGGCUAUGAAGUUUAA